CAAUAACACUAAAGUAGCCGCAAGCACAAAAGUUGAGCAAUUACAGCAUCCAUUAGUUACAUGUCAUACUACUUCAGCAUCAUCUUUGUCAUACUUCAUGCUGAAAAAGAUUGACAUGGGAUACUUGGUCAUGAAUGCAAUGUAGCUAGCAUAGUACGUGGUGUUCGUGUUCAGAAAAUACCGGUCCUCCCCAUGAUUGUUUCAACGGCCUGGAUUUGCCAGUUAACUGAAGCCAGCAGGUUAAGAUGCCAUUAUGGGUCAUAGUGGUGGAAGUAGGGUGAAGUGCGGAGUGCCUGCAGUAGUUCUGUGUCUGGCAGCCCUGCUCUGUGCAAACUUGCUUCUCUAUGUCUAUCUGGAUGCUCUAUACCCAGACACCUCUGUUCCCUCAACACAUAUGAACUGCAGGCAGCGACCAGGCUACUUUAUGGUGGGCACUAUGAGCACCUGCACUCGCUGGCUCCGGUGUCCUGAAAUUCGUGCCAGUGUUCGGCGCCUUAGGUUGAUUGGACAGGGAGCUGUGAAGCAGGUUUAUCUGUCAGAGUGGCAGGGACAAAAAGUUGCUCUGUCUGUUUUAACAUCAGGGGAGUAUCAAGCAGAUUUCCAACAUGGAAUAUCCAUGCUGCGUUCUCUUCAGAGUGUCCGUGUCGUAUCCCUAGUGGGGGUGUGUGAAGAAGAUGGAGUAUUUGUAACUGAGUAUCACCCACUGGGGUCAGCACUCACCCUUGAUGCCACUCUUGCUCAGGACCGUUACCGUGCUCAGGACUCCUGGCAAACGCGACUGCGCUUGGCACUGGACUAUGUUGCCUUCCUAGUGUUCUUGCACAACAGCCCGGUGGGUACCCGCGUCAUGUGCGAUUCUAACGACCUGCACAAGACGCUCAGUCAGUUCCUACUGACCUCUGAACUGCGGCUCUUGGCAAAUGACCUGGAUGCACUGCCACAGGUGGAGCACGGGCUUCAGGGUGUGAAAUGUGGACAUCAUCAGCUGACAGGAGAAUUCAUUGCACCAGAGCAGCUGUGGCCUUAUGGAAACGAAGUGCCUUUCUCAGAUGACCUUAUGCCUAGCUACGAUGAAAAGUCAGACAUCUGGAAGAUUCCAGAUGUGACACAUUUUCUGUUAGGCCAUGUCUCAGGGAGUGAUGUUAUCCACUUUCACCUCUUUCAGAUCCACGCACAGUGUAAGAAGCAGGAUCCCAAGCAGCGACCAUCGGCACAUGAGGUCUUGAUUGUGUAUCGCAGUGUUUAUGACAACAUGAAGGAAGGUCAUGCAGAGACCAUCAAAGACAUGCUGUAAAACUUUAGCUUGUGACAUUUUAUGAUUCAUUUUUUUAAACUUUAGGUGAAUCAUGGGGAAUCCAGAAGAGGCACUCCAGGGCCAGUUGAGAUAAUCUGGUGAUGUAGGUUCAUUAUCUAAGUUUGUUGCUCCUCUCCAUAUAGUAGAAGUUGUUAAAAAUAAUGGGCAAUAACAGAUCCUGAAGUGUUUUGGAGUUUUCUCUACAUUUGAUGCAUUGCUGGACCAUUGAUAAUUGUUUUAGAACAAAUGGAUGCAUUUAAUAAAGAUGUAAAUCUGUACUUUUGGUCAGUGACAUGUUGCUGUUUUUAUCUGAGAAGAAUUGUAUAAUACAUUAUUAAAUAGCA